AUGGGAUCCGAGCCUUUCACAACCAUCAUUGCUAGCUCACAACACAUCCUUGCCCUGGUGUUUGCGAUUGAUGAGAUCAAUGAGAAUCCCAAGGUCUUGCCCAAUGUCAGUCUUGGGUUCCACAUCUAUGACAGCUACUGUAACUGUAAGAUGACCUACCGCACCACUCUGGAUCUGCUGUUUAACACACAUAUCUUUGUCCCCAACUACAAAUGUGGCUACCAGGAAAAUGUAAUAGGAGUCAUUGGAGGACUGAGCUCUGAGGUCACCUUGUGCAUGGCAGACAUCUUGGGUCUUUACAAAAUUCCACAGGUGCCACCCCUUUCAGUAUGUAAUGACAACUGCCACCCUGGUUACGGGAAGAAAAAAAAGGAAACAAGUAAAUUUUGUUGCUAUGAUUGUGAUCCAUGUCCCAGCGGGAUGUACUCAAAUGAACAGGACAUGGAAACUUGUAUCAGUUGCCCAGCAAAUAAGUAUCCAAACCAAGACCAGGAUAAUUGCAUUCCUAAAAUACCAAACUUUCUGGGCUUUGAUGAAACUUUGGCCAUCAUUUCAACUUCCUCGGCACUACUGUUUUCUCUGAUCACAGCUCUAGUGUUUGGCAUCUUCAUUAAACACCGGGACACUGCCAUCAUCAAAGCCAACAACAGAAGCCUCACUUACAUUCUCCUUGUGUCCCUCCUCUUGUGUUUCCUCUGCUCCUUGAUCUUCAUUGGAACACCUAAGCAGGCAACCUGCCCACUCCGACAAACAAGUUUUGGGAUUGUCUUCUCUGUGGCCCUGUCUAGCAUCUUGGCCAAAACCAUAUCAGUGGUUUUGGCAUUCAUGGCUACCAAGCCAGGAUCCACAAUCAGGAAGUGGAUAGGCAGAAAACUGGCUUAUUCCAUUGUCCUCUCUGGCUCCAUUGUUCAAGUGGGGCUCUGUGGUCUUUGGCUGGCAACUUUUCCCCCAUUCCCAGAUUUGGACAUGCAAUCAAUGAGUGAAGAAAUUAUAUUCUUAUGUAAUGAAGGGUCCGUCCACAUGUUCUACUGUGUUUUGAGCUACAUGGGCUUCCUGGCCACUGUCAGCUUCACUGUGGCUUUCCUAGCCAGGAAGUUACCUGAUAGUUUCAAUGAAGCUAAGUUCAUCACCUUCAGCAUGCUGGUCUUUUGCAGUGUUUGGAUCUCCUUUAUUCCAACUUACCUGAGCACCAGAGGAAAAUACAUGGUGGCUGUGGAGAUCUUCUCCAUCUUGGCUUCUAGUGCUGGAUUACUGGCAUGCAUCUUUUCCCCCAAAUGCUACAUUAUUGUAGUGAGGCCUGACCUGAACACCAGAGAGCAUUUAAUGCAACGAAAGAUAUAAAUAAUAUAAGAAUUUGUGCUUCCAUGAUUGUUCUUAGUUUUCAACACUGGAACAUAAAAAAAUAGGAAAAUGGGUGCUGGAACUCACAAUGAACAUCUCACUCAUUCUCUUAGAAUGGCAACAACACCCACCUGAGAGAUGUCAAAAAUGAGUUCCGGUGAAAUGAGUUCCGGCUAGAGAAAAAAGCCCUGGUUAGGACUUUGUGACCAAAUAAAACUAUUUCAGCAAAAAUGUGAAUGAAUGAGGACAAUGUGACCAAAUGAAACUAUUUCAUCUAUUUUGUGCUUUGUUUCUCGGCUGCAAAAGUGUUGCAUGUUAUUUUAAGAGGCCAUUCAGACCAAAUGAGGCAAAUGUUCACAUCAGCUUCCGAACUGCAACUGAAGACAAUGAAACUCUGAAACAGA